ACUGCAGCUGCCUCCUUGCUGCUGUCCCCGGGCUGCUGCCUGCUCUACGCCCAACCCCCACCCCACAAGGCCCAUGCAGCUGCUCUGGCUCCUCAGCCUCUGGAUCCUCAGGGACUUCCUAGAGGCCACAGGAGCUUUAUCCUUGGCCAUGUCCGUCCCUGCUGGGCUUUUCCUCAGUACAGAUGCAGCCCCCACAGUGCCUGGCAACCCCACAGUCUCCAGAGGCAGAGCAGGGUGGCCACUCAGCAUCUCCCAAAUGAAUUCUCCCACUCCAGGUAGCAGGAAAAACACACCUCAGAAGCCCCUCACAUCCCCCCGGUUUGAACCCUUUUCUGAAACCCUGCUCAAAACUACAAACAAUUCCAGUUCCUCAGCAAGUCCAAUAUCUAAGAUUGUCAUAAAGGUUGGAACCAGCCCACCUACACUCAUAAUGUACAUGAGCACCACAGAGUGCAUCAAUCCAACGAGCUUGAUAAUCACCACUACUUACCCCACCACCACCUGCAAGACACCAACCUCAUGGUCCUACACCACGAGUAUGCGCUUGUCUUCUACCACAGCCCCCACCACAAAAAAACAAUCCAGUGAGACAGUCCACACAAGCCAUAUGUCCACUCGAUCCGCCGUUACUACGGGCAUGCCUAUAACAACACUGACAAUGACCACGACCCGAUCCAGGGUUUCGACAGGUCCACUGACCACCACGAUCAAUCCCACCUCCAGACCCACUGCUUUGACCACGAGAGAAACCAUCCCAUCUUCCCCCACCAUUAAAGUUACAGGCACAACAUCCAGUGCCAUCACGACCGUGGCCACGACACCUACCAUGACACCCACGCUCAUAACUCCUCACAGCACUACAACCCCCUCUGUUCCGACAAGCAUCCCCGUUACCUCCUCAGGCCCCUCUUCCACAUCCACAAGCAGUCCCAGCACCACUGGCACAGAGAGGACAACUUCGUCUGUGAUGAGCACACAAACCCUCCACUCAACCACUGAAUCACACCUGGCGCCCAUUCCCACCACUAUAUACAUGACAUCCACCACCAUGGGACCACCCUCCACUACGGCAGCCACCACAGGAGGAGUGGAGACGACCGUCACAUCCACUAACACCACAUCCACCUGGAAAACCACACUUGCUCCGACCCUUGACGUGUCUACAGAUUCGGUCAUGACCGAGAAUCCUCCUACUCAUAGGACCACAUCAGUCGCUCUCACAACUACCCACACUUCUCCAGUGACCACUACCCCUUUAACAUCACACACGCAUCCAUCUUCUGCCCCUGCCCCAACCACAGAAUCACCGUCCACACUGACUACUACCACUACCACUCUGACCACCCUGACUACCUCACCCCACACCUCUCACGCCUCAUCCACCCCUACAGUUCCCACUGGCACCUUCAGCACAGACACCACUGAUAUCACCACCCCAGCACACCCCUCAACACUUGCCACCUCAACCGCACUCACUUCGCUCAGUCCCCCUAAUACAGACACAGUCACCACUGCUACCACAUCCUUGGUAACAACACCCACACCGAACACACCACACAUGACACUAGGAGUCACUACUUCCAAUAUCUACUCCACAGGGAGCACAAUGACAACCACCACAACCCCUACACCCCUUACAUCCAGUACCCCGGAGACCAUCACCACCACAACCCAGUCCUCUGUUGGUACAGACACGCGUACCACAGCACUGACACCCACCCCCACCACACCCAGGCCUUCAACAGGUCCACUGACCACUACGAUCAAUCUCACUUCCACACCCAUUGUUUCCAGUAUGUCGGCAACCACCGCAAAUACCAUCCCUUCUUCCCCCACUGCGCAAACUACAGGCACAACAUCCAGUGCCAUCACCACCACGGCUACGACACUUACAAUGACACCCACGCUCACCACUUCCCACAGCACUCCAACUCCCUCUGUCCAGACAAGCAUCCCCGUUACCUCUUCAGGCCCCUCUUCCACAUCCACAAGCAGUCCCAGCACCACUGGCACAGAGAGGACCACUUCGUCUGUGAUGAGCACACAAACCCUGCACUCAACCACUGAAUCACACUUGGCAUCCACUCCCACCUCUAUAGACAUGACAUCCACCACCAUGGGACCACCCUCCUCUACUGCAGCCACCACAGGAGGAGUGGAGACCGCUGUCACACCCACUAACACCACAUCCACCUGGAAAACCACACUUGCUCCGACCCUUGAUGUGUCUACAGAGUCUGUCAUGACAGAGAUUUCUCCUACUCUCACGACCACAACAUCAGUCGCUCUCACAACUACCCACGCUUCUCCAGUGACCGCUACCCCUUUAACAUCACACACGCAUCCAUCUUCUGCCCCUGCCCCAACCACAGAAUCACCGUCCACACUGACUACUACCACUACCACUCUGACCACCCUGACUACCUCACCCCACACCUCUCACGCCUCAUCCACCCCUACAGUUCCCACUGGCACCUUCAGCACAGACACCACUGAUAUCACCACCCCAGCACACCCCUCAACACUUGCCACCUCAACCGCACUCACUUCGCUCAGUCCCCCUAAUACAGACACAGUCACCACUGCUACCACAUCCUUGGUAACAACACCCACACCGAACACACCACACAUGACACUAGGAGUCACUACUUCCAAUAUCUACUCCACAGGGAGCACAAUGACAACCACCACAACCCCUACACCCCUUACAUCCAGUACCCCGGAGACCAUCACCACCACAACCCAGUCCUCUGUUGGUACAGACACGCGUACCACAGCACUGACACCCACCCCCACCACACCCAGGCCUUCAACAGGUCCACUGACCACUACGAUCAAUCUCACUUCCACACCCAUUGUUUCCAGUAUGUCGGCAACCACCACAAAUACCAUCCCUUCUUCCCCCACUGCGCAAACUACAGGCACAACAUCCAGUGUCAUCACCACCACGGCUACGACACUUACAAUGACACCCACGCUCACCACUUCCCACAGCACUCCAACUCCCUCUGUCCAGACAAGCAUCCCCGUUACCUCUUCAGGCCCCUCUUCCACAUCCACAAGCAGUCCCAGCACCACUGGCACAGAGAGGACCACUUCGUCUGUGAUGAGCACACAAACCCUCCACUCAACCACUGAAUCACACCUGGCGCCCAUUCCCACCACUAUAUACACGACAUCCACCACCAUGGGACCACCCUCCACUACGGCAGCCACCACAGGAGGAGUGGAGACGACCGACCACAUCAGUCGCUCUCACAACUACCCACACUUCUCCAGUGACCACUACCCCUUUAACAUCACACACGCAUCCAUCUUCUGCCCCUGCCCCAACCACAGAAUCACCGUCCACACUGACUACUACCACUACCACUCUGACCACCCUGACUACCUCACCCCACACCUCUCACGCCUCAUCCACCCCUACAGUUCCCACUGGCACCUUCAGCACAGACACCACUGA